AAAAGUAAGGGGUCGGGAUGUAAUUUUACCGUUAACAGAAUUUGCAGAGAAGGACAAAAACCCGACACGGACUCUUCAGGACGGAUGCAAGAAAAGUGUCGGCACCUUGUUGAGGGUGUUGACACCUUGCAGCUCGUGUUGCACAUCUUUCAGCUCAUGCUCGACCUCUGCACCUUGUAUUCAAGUUUUGCACUUCGUGCUUGGCCUCUGCAGCUCGUGGCUGACCUCAGCAGUGACAAGUGUUUUCAGCUCAUGCUCAACCUCUGCACCUCGUGUUCAACUUCUGCACUUCAUGCUCGGCCUCUGCAGCUCGUGGCUGACCUCGGUAGUGAGUGUUUGAGCUCUACAGCUUGUGCUCAAGUUCUGCACUUCGUGCUCGACCUCGGCAGCAGGUGUUUUCAGCUCAUGCUCGACCUCUGCACCUCGUGUUCAACUUCUACACUUCAUGCUCGGCCUCUGCAGCUCGUGGCUGACCUCGGUAUUCUGCAAUUCGUGGUUGACCUCAGCAGCUCGUGGUUGAGCUCGGAAGCUCGUGUUGGAGCUCUACACUUCCUGUUUGAGCUCAGCAGCUCAUGUUUGAGCUCAGCAGCUCGUGUUGGAGCUCUGCACUUCAUGCUUGGCCUCUGUAGCUUGUGUUUGAGCUCGGUAGCUUGUGUUGGAGCUCUGCAGCUUCUUACAGCUCAUGGUCCAGCACUUAGCAUCUCAGCAUUUCGCAACUCGUGCUUCAGCAUCUCGCACCUCGGACUUGUGCAAUUUGUAGCUUGGACUUUUGCAAUUCGUAGCUUGUGCUCGAGCAAGACGUUUGUAGCAGCUCGUGCUCAAGUAGGAUAUUUGCACCUCGUGCUCCAGCAAGUUGUUUCAGCGCAUGCUCGAGUAAGAUGCUUGCAGCUCAUCAUUGUCGAGCUUGAGUAACGGAGCCCAGCCAUAGUCGGCCCGGCCAUAGUUGCUUAGUCUUCUUCUGUCAUUGGAACCAUAGACUUUUGCUCCCUAGCAGCUGAUUAGAGGGAUUUUCACACUGGCAAGCUUUUGGCUGAGAGCUGAGGCUGCAGUUCUUUAUG